ACAGAGGGAUUCACUUUCCUAGUGGAGCCAGGCAAGAAGUACUUACUGAGAAUAGUCAAUGCUGCACUGAAUGAAGAACUUUUCUUUAAGAUUGCUGGACACAAAGUCACUGUGGUUGAAGUUGAUGCUUCAUAUGUUAAACCCUUUAAAACUGAGACCAUUUUAACAACUCCAGGACAGACUACAAAUGUCAUUUUAUCAGCUGAUCUUGGAACUGGAAAAUACUUAAUGGUAACAUCACCAUACAUGGAUUCUCCUGUCUUAGUUAAUAACAGAACUGCUACUGCUACUUUACAAUAUCUAGGCACCAAUACUUCUUCCACCACAACAACUUUAACCGUGCCGCCGCCUACAAAUGCCACCCCUAUUGCAAUUAAAUUUGUGGACUCUCUCAGAAGCUUGAAUUCAAGAAAAUAUCCAGCAAAAGUCCCACUUCAGAAAAUUGAUCAUUCCCUUUUUUUCACCAUUAGUCUUGGACUCAACCCUUGUGAAUCAUGUUAUAGAGGAUUUCGAAUCGUGGCAGCUAUCAAUAAUGUUACAUUUGUUAUGCCAAGUGUGUCACUACUUAAUGCACAUUUCUUCAAUAAAAGUGGAGUGUUUACUGAUGAUUUCCCUGGAAAUCCAGCAUAUACAUUUGACUACACAGGGAUUCCACCAGAAAACUUGAGGACAAUGGAAGGGACUAGGCUAUAUAGACUUGCUUAUAAUUCUAAUGUCCAAGUAAUAAUGCAAGAUACAGGAUUGUUGAGCCCUGAGAACCAUCCAAUGCAUUUACAUGGCUUCAAUUUUUUUGUGGUUGGAAAAGGCAGAGGAAAUUUUGAUCCAGUGAAAGACCCUAAAAAGUUCAACCUUGUUGACCCUGUUGAGAGGAACACCAUAAAUGCCCCUUCUGGUGGUUGGGUUGCUAUCAGGUUCAGGGCAAAUAAUCCAGGGAUUUGGUUUCUCCAUUGCCAUUUGGAGGUGCACACAACAUGGGGACUAAAGAUGGCUUUUGUGGUUGAUAAUGGAAAUGGCCCGGAAGAAUCUCUUUUACCUCCUCCCAUGGAUCUUCCAACAUGUUAAGAUUUCCUAUCAUUUAAGUGUAUAUAUUCUGAGUAAUCAUUGGUAUGAGUUGUUUGAGCAGGCAAAAAGAGGUUCUUUGAGUAAACAGUUUGCUUUUUCAAGAAUAAAAAAGGUUAUAAUAUCAUAGGAGACAAGUUUGUAUGAAAGUAAUUUUAUGAUAAUGUUGGUGAGAAAAGCUGUAAAUUAUAAAUGAGAUAUGUGUUCUUUG